AAAAACACGCUGACACAAUCGACUUUAACUAUAAAUGCGUAAAUGUACAACUUGCCUUAGUUACUUGCUAAGUGUUUUGAUACCAGCGGACUCAGCAAGCGGUCUAGUAGAGCUAGCAGGCGGACUCUGUCCCGGUGGUUUCCUGACAGCUGCAAUAGGAAGUUCCUGCUCGUACAAAAGCUAAUGUUUCACACACUCCCGUGUUUUUGGUGGUAAACUAGCCGAGUUAGCCGCCUAGCUCCCCGGCUGGGACAUGAAUAAGGCAUUGUUCGCUGUGAGACGGUUUGUGUCACCGAGACGUGCUGUGAGUUUGUCUGCUGCGUGUUGUCAGGUGAUGAGCAACCCGGAGGAAAUAGCCCGACUCUACCGGGAGAUCAGCAUCUUCCCUUCGCUGAGCAGAGCCGACGUGGGACCUGUCGUCACCUCCCAGUAUGGAGGCAAAUACAGCAACAUCUACACAGAGUGGAGCCAACGUGACCUGGAGAGGAAUGAGAAUGUCAAGUUUUGCCGGCAGUACAUUGUAUUCCACGAUGAUAAGUCGGUGGUCUUCUCUGGAGCUUCAGGAAACUGCACUGAGAUUAAAGGAGAGUUGUUGAGCAAGGAUUCCCCGUCAGGUGAUAUGAAGGCUGUUGUCAGAGAGUGUAAAAUCAAAGCGGAGGACAAACAGUUUCUGGAGAUCUGGAGUAAAAACAUCAAGAUGAAGAGCAUCGAUCUAACAGCCCUAAAGAAGCACGGCAAAGUCUAUGAAGACGAGCAAUUUGGCUGCUUGGUUUGGUCCCACUCUGAGACCCACCUUCUGUAUGUGGCGGAGAGAAAGAGGCCCAAGGCAGAAUCCUUCUUUCAGACUGUGUCACCAGAGCUGUCUUCUAUUGGGGACGAGGAGGAAACCAUGAGAGAGGAGAAAAAGGAGACUGUAAAGGGGGAGCAGUUUGUCCUCCGUGAGGACUGGGGAGAAGCACUGGUUAGUAAGAACUGCCCGGUGCUUUGCGUUUUGGACAUCGAGGGCGACAACGUCUCUGUGCUUGAAGGUGUGCCUGAAAAUAUCUCACCUGGACAGGCAUUUUGGGCUCCAGGUGACACAGGUGUGGUGUUUGUAGGCUGGUGGCAUGAGCCUUUCAGACUUGGCCUCAAGUACUGCCCCAACAGGAGGUCGUCUUUAUUCUAUGUGGACCUCACUGGGGGGAAAUGUGAGCAGCUGUCAUCAGGCACCAGUGCAGUGUAUUCCCCCAGGAUGAGUCCAGACCAGUGUCGAAUUGUCUACUUGGAAUGUUCUGUCUACGGCCCACAUAUGCAGUGCAGCAAGCUCUGUAUGUAUGACUGGUAUACCAAGAAAACCUCAGUGGUGGUGGAUGUGGUACAGCGACCUGGAGAAGAUGGCUUCACUGGUCUCUACAGCUCUCAGUUGUCCCCUCAAUGCUGGUCAGCCGAUAGUCAGAGUGUUCUUUUAGCUUGUCCUCAGCGCAGCCGCAAGGACCUGUUGAUGGUGGAUAUAAGCACAGGGAAAGUCACCUCUCUGACUUCAAAGUGUGAUGCUGGGAACUGGUGUCUGCUGAGCAUAGAGAGAGAUCUAAUGGUUGUCAGCUUCUCUUCUCCUAACUACCCCCCAAGUCUGAGGGUUGGUUUCCUUCCGGCCAGAGAUUCUCAGGAGCAAAUUGAGUGGGUGACUUUGGAAGACUCUCAGGUGUUACCAGAUAUUCACUGGCAGAUCUUGACCUUCACCCCUCCCCCAGAUCAAGACAACAGUCAAUACUCUGGCCUUGACUUUGAAGCUUUGUUGAUCAAACCAAAGGAGGUGAAGGAUGGAGUGAAGUUGCCUCUUAUCGUCACUCCUCAUGGGGGUCCCCACUCAGUGAUUGUAGCCGAAUGGCUUCUGUCGUCCUCUGUGCUGUGCAGGAUGGGCUUUGCUGUACUGCUGGUGAACUAUCGUGGCUCCCUUGGAUAUGGCCAGGACAGUAUCCUCUCAUUACCCGGCAAUGCUGGCAACCAGGAUGUCAAAGAUGUUCAAUUUGCUGUUGAAAGUGUUCUGAAAGGUGAUGAAUUUGACGCGCAGAGAGUGGCACUUUCAGGAGGCUCCCACGGUGGUUUCCUGGCCUGUCAUCUGAUCGGCCAGUACCCAGCAUUCUACAAGGCCUGCGUGGCUCGCAACCCUGUCAUCAAUUUGGCUUCAAUGAUUGGCAGCACAGACAUCCCAGACUGGUGCAUGGUCACGGCUGGCUUCAACUACAGCACAGACUGUUUACCUGACCCUACUGUUUGGGAACAGAUGUUGAACAAGUCCCCCAUUAAACACGUGACACAGGUACAGACCCCGGUUCUGCUUCUCCUGGGGGAAGAUGACAAGCGUGUUCCGAACAAGCAGGGAAUCGAGUAUUACAGGGCGCUGAAAGCAAAGCAGGUUCCAGUCCGGCUGCUGUGGUACCAAGGGAACAACCACUCUCUCUCCAAGGUGGAUGCCGAGUCUGACGGCUUCAUGAACUCCGCUCUAUGGAUAAUUCAACACUUGAGUCAGUGACAGUAAAUAUCAGACAAAUGUAUGGUAGUGAACUAGUGCUGUCGUUGAUGCCAGGAAAAGGUAGCAGGACACUGCUGUGUGUCAAGGGUAUGAUGCUUCUGUUUUCAAGACAGUGUGGGGUCCAUUGCAAAGCCAAAGCUCUGAAUGUGCUGUCCAACCAGAACACACUACAUGUUCAUGUACCUGUAUUCUCUGUGGUCCAAUGAUGAUUGCCACAAUUACUUUCAAUUAUUGUGAAAAAAAUUGUUUUAUCACAAUACAUGAAUACAGGCACUUUUGAUUCUGCAUUUUUUUUUUGCUACUGUUUUUAAAUACAAUAUGAAGGUUUUUUUUCUGUUUGUUUCCAUUAACAAGGGAAAGGAAUUUGGUAAUCACUCUCUGUUCACUUUUACUGCUUGAAAACAAAAAUCACUUUCUCUCUUUGUUUCAUGGAUUUCCUGAUUCAGUGCACUUAAUAAAAUGAUUGUGAAAAUA